AUGUAUGCAAACAGUGGCGGCAGGAAAUCCAUGGAGAGCCUCUCGCCGUCGUCACCACAUGGUCCCCGACAUGACUUUCCUUUUCAUUCCAGACAAGGCUCUACCUCGACGACUCAACCGAGGCGAGGCUCCUUUGCAAGCUCCAUACACUCGAUAGGCGGGGCUCUAGACUCGGCUUCUGGAAUAUGGGCCAACACUGUCGCCGAGUCUCAACAAAAUGGUAGGUUUCCUGGUUCGCGCCCUACUUCGCCCUACUUGAGAAACUUGUCUGACACUGCAGCAGCCAUCUCGACGUUGCUGCAACCCCCCAUCGUCCGAACCGGGCUUUUACCCCAUACCUCGGCCCCCACCAGCGGUCACCGCAUGCCCACCGCCCGCGAUAUCCAACCCGUCACCUUGACCAACAUCACCCGUGUCGAUGCCGCCGAGUUCCGCCCCUACCUCACGCAGGUCGGCGCGCUAUACGAACAGCUACGACGGGCCAAGGAGAACGAUGGCGACCCGUCCGAUCAGCAGCGCGGCCGAAAGGGCAGCAAGGGAGACGACUUCACUCCUGAGGACGACAGCCAUCUACGGCCAGGUACCAAGAGGCCCUCGGUCAGCAACAGGAAAUCAUCCGUGUCAUCAGUUCGAUCUAUUUCAUCCUUGACAUCCCCCAUAGACCCGCCGACCCCGGUCCGCCGUUCCAGCUCCGGCUUCGCGCGGAGGGCAGCCCAGGGCCCGCCGCCCCUCUCAACAAUACCUAAUGUCUACUUUGACGAGGACUUUCACCUCGAGAACCCACGCACAUUUGACGUCGUCAGCGAGCGGUCAGAAGUCAUCAGCAAAACCCCGGCCGCGGGCGGCGAGGAGAAAACCAAUGGGAAUGCUGCCGUCCCGAGGAAGGCGCUUGCGACGAAUGCAAUCCUGCAAGAGAAGCUGUCUUGGUACAUGGACACGGUGGAGAUGCACUUGAUCUCGUCCAUAUCAGCGGCGUCGACCACCUUCUUCACUGCGCUAGGCUCGCUCAAGGGAUUACACACCGAGGCGGCCGAGUCGGUCGAUCGAAUCAAGACGUUGAGGCAAGAAUUGGAGGCUCUCGACGGAGAGAUUGUUAGCAGGGGCUUGGAGAUUGUUCAGCAGAGGCGACGACGCGAGAACCUCCAACAGCUGCACAGCGCCGUCAUGCAACUCCGCGACGUCGUUGACGGUGUCGGCAGGUGCGAGGCUCAGGUUGAGGAUGGCAAUGUGGACGAGGCUCUCGACACACUCGACUCACUCGAACUGCUGAUUGCCGGACAGGUUGAGCCCUUUACUGGCUUCAACCGACCUGUGCGGCCCGAGUACGCGCUGAGGGAUCUUAGCGGCGCGGCUGCACUGCAGGGGGUCCACGAUGACAUGAACACGCUCCGUUUCCGGAUCGGCAAGAUCUACGAGGGGAGGCUGAUCGAGCUGCUGCUGGGAGACUUGCGAAGACAUGUGGAAACCGUGUCCAAGCAGGAGGUCAUGAUGCGUUGGAGUACAGCCUCGAACCGCGGCAAGACAGGCCACAGCAGGGAACCAUCAGCCUAUCCCUCCUACAUGGCAAAGCAGGACGAUCUACGCCAGGCCCUACCCCCCAUAUUGGCUGGCCUGCAACGCGCAAGGUAUCUGUCCGCCGCAACCGCGACAUAUCGGGAUGUUGCAAUGAGGGAGAUAAGAGCCAUCAUCCGAAAACCAUUACCGAGCUCCAACGAAGAUGACAACGAGUCCAUGAUGUCAUCGUCAACCUUGGGUGGUGCUGGCAGGCAACGGACCCAGCAGCAAAAGUCUUCUGUGCUUGCCAGGAACCUUCGGAAUCUGGAGAGGGAGGAUGCGGAAGAGCUACUGGUCACGAUAUACAUUGGUGUCACGGAAACGUUGCGACGAACAACGACCCAUGGCAAGCUGCUCCUGGAUGUUGCCAGCUCCAUUGGGGACGAAACAGCCGGACUCGAUGGCCUCAAAUCACCGCCAAUACGAUCACCUCCUUUCAGUCCGCCACAAAGGCGGGCGUCCACGGCAGGAUUCGAGGCCCAGGAGGAGAUUCACAAAGCACUCGAGCUGAACAACCUCCUAGGACAAGCGGUCGACGUGGCACAGGACAAGAUCGUCAAGCUUCUACGGGUGCGGGCCGAGCAGAGCACGCACCUGCCGCUGGUAUGGUUCCUACGUUAUUUCACUCUCAACUUGCACUUUGCGACAGAAUGUGAAAGCAUCUCGGGCCGCAGCGGGACGACGCUCAAGACGGUAGUCAACGCGCAGAUCAAGGAGUUUGUGCAACUCCAUGGCGACUCUGAAAAGCAGAAGCUUGCCCAAGGCAUGGAACAAGACCAAUGGGCGGCGCAGGACUUUACAGAGAAGGACCAAGAGAUGUUGGACAUCAUACUGCAGUGCGAAACCAAGGACGCGGCCUUGUGGACUGAUGGGAGCAAGGUCUGGAUCCACCCCUCGGAGCUCAACGGCAAGAACGGUGAGACGGAGAAAAGCGCAGCACCUAGCGAAGCAGCAGGGGAAAAGGAAAAUGGGACUGCGGCUGCCGGCAAAGCAAAGGUUCGCGGGGCCGUCAUCGAAGGCGAGACGUAUCUUCUUCCGGGCUCUGCUGUUUUGUGCCUCGAGGGCAUGUCCAACUUCUUGCAUCUGGCCGUGGCCAUCCCGUCUAUGGCGGCCGACGUGGCGGCGUCCUUGGUGGCGUACCUGCAGCUGUUCAACUCGCGAUGCACUCAGCUGAUCCUCGGGGCGGGUGCGACACGGUCGGCUGGCCUCAAGAACAUCACCACUAAGCACUUGGCCAUCGCGUCGCAGGCCCUUGGUUUCGUGGCUGCUCUGGUGCCGCACGUGCGCGAGUUUGUUCGUCGACACGUCCCCGGGGCCGACAAACCUAGCGGGACGGGAAGCGGAAGCAACACGACGACGCUGAUUGGCGAGUUUGACAAGGUCAGGCGGCUCUACCAGGAGCACCAGAACAGCAUCUACGACAAGCUCGUAGAGAUCAUGUCGGGACGGGCAGCGAUGCACUCCAAGACCAUGCGGACGAUCGACUGGGACGAGGGUGGCGAGGUGCACCCUUACAUGGACACGCUAGGCCGCGAAACUUCGACGCUGCACCGCAACCUGACCAAGGCUCUGCCUGACAGCACGGUCCGAUUCAUCAUGGCGCCGGUGUUUGCCAGCUACAAGGAGGCCUUUGGAAAGGUGCUCGUCGGGGCGGCAGUACGGACCGAGGAGGGCAGGGAGAGCAUGGUGCGCGACUUUGAGUAUUUCCGGCUCAAGCUGGGCAAGAUUGACGGCUUUGGCGACGCAGCCGAUCACCUGCUCGACAUCAUCCGCAAGAAGAAGCUGGAAGGAGGCGGAGAUGCAGCGAAGAAGAAGGACAAUGGCACACUGACGGUAGACGAGGGGGCGAGGAGCAAAGGGGACGAAAGUGGCGGGGAGACGAGAAAAUCGACAGAGAGCAGGGCAGAAGCUUAG